AUGAAGAUCUGCGUGGCUACCAUUCUGUCAACGGCCCUGAUUCUGGGUAACUCUUUCAAGCUCCGAGCUUCCGUUACUGGGCCGGUUCCCUCGGAUGGCGAUGGUUCUGCGUCUCAGGUGUGUCAGCAGUGCUGCCAGGGACCUUCUGCAAUACCCGGCAUACCAGGUCUGCCUGGGCCAGUAGGACCGAUGGGGCCGUACGGUCAGCCGGGGUCAAAGGGCGAUGCAGGUCAGCAAGGUGAGAUUGGACAUAUUGGACCUAUGGGUGAGCGGGGAGCACCUGGGAACACUGGGUCUAAAGGUGAUGAUGGGAUUGGCCUGCCUGGCAAGAUAGGUCCUAGAGGUAUACCUGGUAUCGUUGGAAGAAUCGGAGAAACUGGUGUCAAAGGUCAGAAGGGUGAGCCAGGGGAGACACCAGACGAUUCAAACCAGCGGGUGGCAUUCACCGUGGUGAGGACGAGCAGCCCAGAUGACUCUACAAGUCACGACACCCAUUUGCCCUUCCAGCAGACCGAGACGCUUCUGCCUGGUACCAGCUUCGAUCUUGAGACCGGCACGUUCACCUGUAGUGUGCCGGGCACCUACGUAUUUACGUUUUCUGUUCUUAAGUAUACCAACAGCGGUUACCUUCACAUCCAUCUUGUUAAAAACGACUACAAGGUGAUCACUACCCAUGGUGCAUCAAAUCAACGUGGUCAGUUGUCUGGUAGCGCGGUGCUGGUUCUGCAGCUUGGAGAUACGGUGUAUGUUACCAUGCACGGUAGGGCGUUUAGUAGUCCCACCAGUCACUACACCUCAUUCAGUGGCUUCCUCCUUUACCCGGAAUCAAUUAAUUAAUUAACUAAUCUUCACCUCGCAUAAAUAUACAAGAGCAGUGCCCCCCCCCCCAAAAAAAAAAAAACUUUUCGCUUUCCAUUUUGCCGAUACAAUAACCAAUAAUUAAAUAUGAAUUAAAUACGCAUGAUAAAAAUGAUACAUUUUUAAUACAUGUAUAGCAUAAAAUAUCGAAACGGUUUUCACGACAUCAAAACUACUUUAAAAAAACAAUAGAAAUACGAUGAAAAUAAUAGUUUUUUAGAAGGAAAUAUUUUUAGCUGAGAUUGAAAAUUUCCAAAUUCAUAAAUCUGUCUCAUUUCGGCUGAAAGUCUGCUCCACGUGGUAAAAGCACGAUCCCGUGUGCUUUGUUAGGCUUUGGACACACUUAUAAAGGUUUUAUAAAGACCUCUUUGAUAAUUUGACCUUAUCAGUGUAAAAAAAAAAUCAAAACAAAUCAACGUGCCUUCUGAAAGUAGUAAAAAUAUUGAGAUGAACAAUGCUGAACCUAAAAAAGCCAAGAUUGUAGAAUUUUGUGUCUUGAUAUGGUUUGUUUUAAUACAGGGUGAGUACAAAAAAAAGAAAAAAGAAGCUGAACCCAAACCCCCAAAAAUAUAUUUCACAUCUAAAUAAAUGUGUAACAUCAAAAGUAAUAAUCACUGGAAAGACAAUUGCACAACCUACUUUUGGAGAAAAAAAAUACUAAUGAAAUUGCUCAAUCCAUUCAAAGAAUAUCACCACUUAA